AUGAUCAAUAUUUGGAAAGUAAUUAAUGAGACUAAUAUUUCAUUUUGUCUUUCUACAGCCAAUCACAAUAAGUUCAACCCCAGCCAGUCCUCCACUUUCAGAAACAAUGGGCAAACCUAUACACUGUCCUAUGAUUUUGGAAGCCUGGUUGUGGUCUUGGUAUUUGAUACCAUGACUGUUCAGAACAUCGUCACUGAUAACCAGGAGUUUGGCCUGAGUGAGAGUGAACUCAGCUAUCCCUUCUACUAUUUAGACUUUGAUGGGAUUCUGGGAAUGGCCUACCCCAGCUUGGCGGUGGGAGGUACCCCAACAGUCAUGCAGAGCAGGCUGCAGCAGGACCAGCUCACUCAACCCCUCUUCAGCUUCUACUUUUCUCGCCAACCAAUCUAUCAAUAUGGAGAGCUCAUCCUGGAAGGUGUGGACACCCAACUCUAUUCUGGUCAGAUCGUCUGGAUCCUUGUCACCCAGGAAAUGUACUGGCAGCUUGUUAUCCAGGAAUAAGUAGAGUUUGCCAUCGGUGACCAGGCCACUGGCUGGUGUUCCCAGGGCUGCCAGGCCAUUGUGGAUAUGGGGACUUUCCUGCUGGCUGUUUCCCAGCAGUACAUGACCUCCUUCCUGCAGUCAACAGGAACCCAGGAAAACAAGAAUGGUGAUGUGACAUUGCCUCUUCUCUCUCUGUUUGUGGUCAACUGCGACUCCGUGCAGAGCAUGCCCACCAUCACCUUCAUCAUCAGUGGGUCCCAUUUCCCACUGCCUCCCUCUGCCUAUGUCUUCAACAUACGUAUUCACCCCAGGAACAAUAGUUACUGCAUGCUGGGGAUUGAGGCCUCUUACCUGCCCUCCUCCAGCGGGGAGCCUCUGUGGAUUCUGGGCAAUGUCUUCCUCAAGGAGUAUUACUCUGUCUUCGAUGUGGCCAACAAUCAUGUGGGCUUUGCCCUCUCCACUUAG